CCGGAGUGCAAAAGUUACAAUAAGAAGCGCAGAGAUGGCCCCAAAAGUUAAAAAAGCUCAAGAGAAUUUCAAUUCUAAACUUGCUUUAGUUAUUAAAUCAGGUAAAUAUACCUUAGGUUAUAAAUCAACCAUUAAAUCUUUACGUCAAGGUAAGGCUAAGUUGAUUGUUUUAGCUAAAAACACACCAACUUUAAGAAAAGCUGAGUUGGAAUAUUAUGCUAUGUUGUCCAGAACUACAGUUUCCUACUUUGAAGGUGGUAACAAUGAGUUAGGUACUGCUUGUGGUAAACUUUUCAGAGUUGGUGUCUUAGCUAUUAUUGAAGCUGGUGAUUCUGAUAUCUUAACUGAUUUGCAAUAAGUUUAGUGUAUUAUGACUAAUAAUUGUACUAAUAAUUAUAUGUAAAACCCAUUCAGUAUUGACAAUAGGAGUAAAGCACCUCAAGGUUAAAAGAGCUUUUUAUAUAUCUAAUUUAGAUUUAUCAAUAUAUUAUGUAAAAACUUGAUUUUUGGAUAUUAUUUUUUAAAUUUUAGAGUGUAUUGAACUUGAUGUUUUUUUCAAAACUGAUCUUGCAUAUUAAUGCAUGGACUUUACGG